AUGCCCGAAUUCUCCCCUCCGCAGAAGGAUAUCCGACUCGGUAGUGUCUCCCCUACCGGUCAGUUUCAUAACCGCCUCUCCCAAGCCCGAGCCUCUUCCUGCGAUCCGGGAUCGCCAUCCAGUCAAUCGCGUUCCCAGGAGCAUGCUAAAAAUUUAGCUAAUGUGCCCCUGGUUAGUGCUUCCGCCUCCUCCGGCGCUGCCUUCGCUGCCAAAAACGGAGAAAUUCGGACCUUUACCUCCUCCCCC